AUGAGCAUCACAGACGUCCUUAGUGCUGACGACAUUGCCGCAGCCCUGCAGGAGUGCCAAGACCCAGAUACUUUUGAACCCCAAAAAUUCUUCCAGACGUCGGGCCUCUCCAAGAUGUCGGCCAGUCAGGUGAAGGAUGUUUUUCGGUUCAUAGACAAUGACCAGAGUGGGUAUCUGGAUGAAGAAGAGCUUAAGUUUUUCCUCCAGAAGUUUGAGAGCAGCGCUAGAGAGCUGACAGAGUCAGAAACCAAGUCCUUGAUGGCAGCUGCGGAUAAUGACGGUGACGGGAAAAUCGGGGCCGACGAAUUCCAGGAAAUGGUGCAUUCUUAA